AUGCAAAGAUACCAGCGUGAAAACCGUCCCUUCAAGGAGAGGAAAAGUUUUGCAACUCGGAAAAAUGAGACAACAGAAAUUCGGGGGAAGUAUCCCAACAAAAUUCCGGUGGUAGUGGAACGUUACAGGAAGGAGAAGACUCUCCCCCAGUUGGAUCGGAUCAAGUUUUUGGUUUCUCCAGAUAUAUCCAUGUCUCAGUUUCUUUUCACUCUGAGAACCCGGCUGUCCCUCACAGCUACACAAGCCUUCUACUUACUCGUGAACAAUCAAACCUUACCUUGUCCAAGUCUGACUCUUUUAGAGGUCUACAAUGACAACAAGGAUGAAGAUGGCUUCCUCUACAUGACCUAUGCUUCUCAAGAGAUGUUUGGUGGAGGAGCCUCUUUGGAACACCAGUGGAACCAUCUCAAAGGGGCUCUGUUGCAGGACCACAGCUUCGCGAUCAGAUUAGCUGCCUUGUUAGAAAUGUACAAUCUCAGCAAGAUCACACCAAUGAUGGACGAACUAAUAGAAUCCAUGCUGAGAGACCCUUUCUAUUUUUUACUGGAUGGCUACCCUGGUGGAGAAGAAGUUGCUAGGCCUCACACUCACACUCAGAAGCCUUCUUUGGCAGUCUCCCACCACAGAGCAGUUCAUUUUUAUUCUGAAGCACAUGGAGCCUCGCGGGAAACUAUUCUUGCUGGCGCUGAACCAACUCCUCUACUGUGGGAACCAUCAUCCCAGGAUCGAUGUCACCUAGAAGUAGAGCAGCUGUGA